UCACGGCCCACACCCACACCUCUGUCUUCUCCAGAUAUUUUUCUUUCUCAAAACUUUGUUUCGCGGCUGUGAUACAGAGCUUAACAUUUUGUAAUUUUCUUUAUUUUUUUUAUUAACUAAAAUAGAGAAUAAAUCUGCUUUUUGAGUUUUGUUUUCGAAUUUGGUUUCAGAUACUUUUUUUUUUUUCUUUUUUUCCCGGGUUUUAUAUGAAGAGGAUGAGGGUGUUUGAAAAUGGGUGAAGUAGCUGAGAGUAUUGAAGAGCUUAUGGCGGCGGAAGUUGAAGUUGAGAAACGAGAGCAGAAUGAAGAAGAAGAAGAAAAAGACGGAUCCAAGGAGGUAGUUAGGUGGGAGAGUUAUCUUCCCAGAAUGGUGCUUAGAGUUCUUUUGGUUGAGGCUGAUGAUUCCACGCGGCAGAUUGUGACAGCCCUUCUUCGAAAAUGCGGUUAUAAAGUUUCUGCAGUACCCGAUGGACUGAAAGCAUGUGAGGUUUUAAAGGAGAGGGCUCGAAACAUAGAUCUCAUACUGACUGAAAUGGAGUUGCCAUCAAUAUCAGGAUUCACACUUCUUUCGUUAGUCAUGGAGCAUGAAGUUUGCAAAAACAUACCUGUCAUAAUGAUGUCCUCUCAAGAUUCAGUUAGCAUGGUUUUCAAGUGUAUGUUAAAAGGAGCUGCUGACUAUCUAAUCAAGCCUAUUAGGAAGAAUGAGCUAAAGAAUCUUUGGCAGCAUGUGUGGAGAAAGCGCACCUUUUCUAAGAACAUGACAGCUGCUCAACAUGGAGCGGAGCUUGCUUCUGAAAUUAAUACAGCAAGCAAUCAGUCAAGCGAUUGUGUGGUUUCAAUAAAGAAAAUUAAGGAAUGCAGUGAGAAGGAGAGUGAUUCCCAAAGCUCUUGUACAAUGCCUCACUUGGAAGCUAAGAGUGAGCACGUCCAAAAUAUGCAAGAUAUUUCACAGAUAAGGAGUGGGAAUUCUUCUAAAGUUGACAGGAACAAUGUAAAGAGUCACGAAGAUUGUACUCCGUUAAAUAAAGAAGCAGUAAUGCAUGAAAACAAGACAGAAGGAGAUAAAUCAAACCUUUUUAAACCAGAGGUUGUAUCUUGCAAUGAAGCUUUUAGGUCAUCUCUCUUGGGAUUAAAGGAAGAGUACAUUGGCAAUAAGAGAAUGAAGCUAGUCGAAACUUCCCAGCCUGAAAAUUGUGAAGUCAAUGCUAAUGCCAAUAUUCAGAGUUGUUAUGACGAACUGGUGAAACCCUCUUGUGGAGCUAUUGACUUGAUCGGUACAUUUGAUGAUCACCCAAGGUGCACUGAUAAGUCGGAUGAUCAGUGCAUAAGCAUCUCUGAGUAUCCUCCACAGCUGGAACUUUCUUUGAAAGGAAUUUGUCCAAGGAACUCGAAUAGCCAAGGUACUGGUGAAAGGCCAAAACUCAACCAUUCUAAUGCCUCUGCAUUUUCAUGGUAUAGUAAUAGCAAUACACUGCAACCCCUUUUUCCCACUCUUCCCAACACUGAAAUUACCCCAAAGGAGGGUCCAAAGAAAUCUCCUGAGUUAAUUUUCACUCCAUCGUUUAGCUCCACCGGUUCUUCUCCACAGCAUGCUGCCACAAGGAGCGGUAGUCACUACAAUUUGCCGGCUUCGGUUGCUGGGCAAUCCGGGCAUACCACUGUGUCCUUCCCCAGUCCUCAACUUGGAAUGAGUCCAGUUAAGGGUCUAAAGUAUGAAAAUUCUGGAGGCAACCAGUUAUUACCAUCCUUUUAUACACAAUCAAGUGUAUCCUCUACGUGGGGUCCCAUUUCGGAAAGCCAGCGAGAGAAGUCUCCAUUUGCAGCAAAUACCUCAAGUCAACACUCGGAACAAGGUUACCAACUUUCUGAAGAAGCAACUCAUAAAUCUUCUGAUCUAACCAAGCAAGAGAAGAAAGAGUUUGAUCUUGUGGAGGAAGUGAAGCCUAGCUCUUUUGCUGCUGCUGAUCAGAGCCAUGGUGGUAGUUUUUGCAAUGGAGUGGGAGAUCAAAUUAGUAGUGCUGAACAUGGCAGCUCUUGUGGUAGAAACGAUGGAAACACCAAUUCUUCUUCCGGGGCUGAUGAGAAAACCACCACUUCUCGUGGUCUAAACGACAAUGGACAUUUUGUUUAUGAAAGUUUUAGAGGGAUGGAUUUGCAUCGCAUGAGUCAGAGAGAAGCAGCUCUAACCAAAUUUCGAAUGAAACGUAAAGAUCGUUGCUUUGAGAAAAAGGUUCGAUAUCAGAGCAGGAAAAGACUGGCAGAACAGAGGCCCCGGGUGAAAGGACAAUUUGUUCGUCAAGGACAAACUGACCCUCCAAUUGGUAAUAGUACGUGAAGAUCAAUUGCUCUCGUUUGCUUUAUGACACAAUAGCGUUGAAGUUGACGUAGGGUUCUUGUGCUCUCAAAGCAAUCGUUAACUAUAGGACUAGGAGUAGGAUGUAGAGUGACGAGAAUGACUAUCAAAGAUGGUUGUAACCUUGCAAUCACUUUCGGAAUUGCUAGUUGGUUUGGCUGUGUUUUACGACGUGGUUUUCUUUUUUUUUUUUUUAUAUAGUUUGGCUUGAAAAGGUUUAAAGGUUGUGUCAUAACUACUUAGUAACUGAAUUUAGAUGACUGAACUUAGAUUUAUUUGAUUGGUGGAUUAUUUGUAUUUAUAGGCCUUGUUUAGUACCAGAUAGUAGUAGUUAUUGUAAUGCUACAUAUAUAAUGUAUGAUAAUAUAUUAUAUAUCAGUUCAUAA